CUUACAAAGAAACAGACAGAUGAUUUAGGUGAUAAUGAAGGUGCUGAAGAUGAAGAUAUUCGGGACAGUGGGGGCCCCAAACCUGUGAUGGUGUAUAUCCACGGUGGCUCGUACAUGGAAGGGACUGGCAAUUUAUAUGACGGCAGUGUCUUGGCGAGUUACGGCAAUGUGAUUGUCAUCACGGUCAACUAUCGACUUGGGGUGCUUGGUUUCUUGAGUACAGGGGAUCAGGCUGCAAAGGGAAACUAUGGACUCCUUGAUCUCAUACAGGCUCUAAGAUGGACUAGUGAGAACAUUGGAUUCUUCGGUGGUGACCCCUUAAGAAUUACUGUUUUUGGAUCUGGCGCUGGGGGUUCAUGUGUCAACCUGCUGACUUUAUCCCAUUAUUCUGAAGGUCUUUUUCAACGAGCAAUAGCUCAAAGUGGAACAGCCCUUUCCAGCUGGGCUGUUAGUUUCCAACCUGCAAAAUAUGCUAGAAUGUUGGCAACAAAAGUUGGUUGCAAUGUGUCAGAUACAGUAGAGUUAGUAGAAUGCCUGCAGAAGAAGCCUUAUAAAGAACUUGUUGAUCAAGACAUCCAGCCAGCCCGGUAUCACAUAGCCUUUGGACCCGUGAUUGAUGGUGAUGUCAUACCAGACGACCCUCAGAUAUUAAUGGAGCAAGGAGAGUUUCUGAACUAUGAUAUCAUGCUGGGAGUUAACCAAGGCGAAGGGCUAAAAUUCGUUGAAAAUAUAGUAGAUAGUGAUGAUGGUAUAUCAGCUAGUGAUUUUGACUUUGCCGUUUCCAACUUUGUUGAUAACUUAUAUGGCUAUCCUGAAGGCAAAGAUGUUUUGAGAGAAACUAUCAAAUUUAUGUAUACAGACUGGGCUGACCGUCAUAAUCCUGAAACCAGAAGGAAGACAUUAUUGGCUUUGUUUACAGACCAUCAGUGGGUGGCACCAGCUGUCGCGACAGCAGAUCUUCACUCAAACUUUGGCUCACCUACGUACUUCUAUGCCUUUUACCAUCAUUGCCAAACAGAUCAGGUUCCAGCGUGGGCUGACGCAGCCCACGGAGAUGAGGUUCCCUAUGUACUGGGAAUUCCCAUGAUUGGCCCUACAGAGUUAUUUCCUUGCAAUUUUUCCAAAAAUGACGUGAUGCUGAGUGCAGUCGUAAUGACAUAUUGGACAAACUUUGCUAAAACUGGUGACCCAAAUCAACCAGUUCCUCAAGACACGAAAUUCAUCCACACCAAACCCAACCGCUUUGAAGAAGUAGCAUGGACCAGGUAUUCCCAGAAGGACCAACUUUAUCUCCACAUUGGAUUAAAACCAAGAGUUAAAGAACAUUACAGGGCCAAUAAGGUGAACCUCUGGUUGGAGCUGGUGCCUCAUCUGCAUAAUCUCAAUGACAUUUCUCAGUAUACCUCGACAACUACUAAAGUGCCAUCAACAGACAUCACUUUCAGACCUACGAGAAAAAAUUCGGUCCCUGUCACAUCAGCCUUUCCCACUGCCAAGCAGGAUGAUCCCAAACAACAACCAAGUCCAUUUUCCGUGGACCAAAGGGACUACUCCACAGAGCUGAGCGUCACCAUUGCGGUGGGAGCAUCCCUGCUGUUUCUGAACAUCCUGGCCUUUGCAGCCCUGUACUACAAAAAAGAUAAGAGGAGACAUGACGUUCACAGGAGAUGCAGCCCUCAGCGAACCACCACCAACGACCUGACCCAUGCACAAGAAGAGGAGAUCAUGUCCCUACAAAUGAAGCACACUGAUUUGGAUCAUGAAUGUGAGUCCAUCCAUCCACAUGAGGUGGUUCUUCGGACCGCCUGCCCCCCAGAUUAUACACUAGCUAUGAGGAGGUCACCUGACGAUGUUCCCUUAAUGACACCCAACACCAUUACAAUGAUCCCCAACACCAUACCGGGGAUUCAGCCCUUACACACAUUCAACACAUUCACCGGAGGACAGAACAACACUCUGCCCCAUCCCCACCCCCACCCUCAUUCACAUUCAACAACCAGGGUAUAGCCAGAUAAGAGAAACAAACUCUAUUUUUUGAUGGAUUGCAGUAAAAGAUUACUGAAGAUUCCUUGGCUUUCAACCUACAAGACUCUUACUAUUUAAAUAAGGAGAACUAUUAUGUGAAUAUACAUAUCAAGCACUUUGGGGGUUUUGAAAAAUAUGAAUUGUACAUAUAUAUACACAAAUCAACUUUAGAAACGAAUUUCAAUUGCUUGAAGCAAUUGUUCUGAAUGAUACUUUUUCAUUCACAUUCAAGAAUUAAUUUUUUGAAGAUUUAAGUUACAGAAUGAAAUUAGGCAUGUGGAGCAACAAACAGGAAAGAAGUAUGUCUGAAAUAAGAAAAGUAACCAUUACAAAACAACUAUGAAUAUGCACAAGGGACACACCAAUGGAAUGUCAGAUAAUUUCCACCAGUUUUUAUUUGGAGCCGUUUUAUUGUGUAGACCCUCUUUACAUAUUUGGAAAAGUGCACAAAGCACCAGUGCUGUUAAUGGCCUUAGCAGAGGCUCAUACUGAAAUGUGCCAGUAAAACAAAGAAGUGUAAAGACUGGCAGGUACACCAUUAUCACAUCAGUGCUGUCAGUAUAAAGUUGUGGGGAUAAAGGAAACUGGAUAUUUUUAGCACGAUGUGCAUGAUCAUUUAUAUGCUUGGUGGCUGUUGCUGCUGAUUAAGCCGUAAUUAAAAUUCUUCUCAUCCCAUUGGAGUUUUUAAUAGAAGCUUCCUCCAUCAAUUGGCAGAACCUAAAGAAGAUCUUAAGGGGCAAAAGUAAUUAUAAUAAAAUAAUUCACAGUAGUUUCAAUAAUAGAAAGAAUUAGUUAUUAAAGGUAUUUGAAGAAACUAUAGGUAUAGUGGUGAAUACUCGCUGAUAUGAAUCCCAGAAAAAAAAAUUCCUGUGUUUCUAAUGUUCUUUUUAUUCCCACCUAAAUAAUUUAUAAGCAUAUAGCCCUAAUUAGACAUAUUUACAGGAUCUCUACUUUUUUGUGGUUUUUGUUAUUCUGUGUUUUGUUCCUCGGUAAGGUAAAGUGUGUCCAAAGAGUUCUUGCAACAGUAUUCUACGAUAUGAGGAUGCCCCAGUAUUACCACGCUGAUUCCUGUUCUCAGUUAAUUGAUUUUCUCAUGUUGCAUGACAAAAUGUUUACUAAUAAUUCAGUAUAAAGUUAUGUCCCACUUCACAUCACUUACCUUUCUCACUGAGGUCCACUCACUGGAUUUCCUCAUGCGAUCUCAGUAGAGUACGAGUAGCUACAGAACCUAGGAGAGUCAAUACCUGGAGGGCUUUAGUCUUACACGUCUCUGCGAUUUUCAACGAAUAUUCUAAAACCACAGGAAACUCUUCAUCCCCCUGUUGUUUACCGGUAACAGUAUAUCACUGAGCUUUCCAAAUGUUUGUAUAUGUAAUCAGAUGUACAUUUAUAUUAAAAAAAAGUGAGAUGGACUUAAAGAGCACAUCCUGAUAAAUACUUUCUCUCUUACCUGUAUUAUAUUUCUAUUAGACUAAAGUUAUGUGAUUUUUUUUUACAUUUUUUCAGAUGACUAGCAAUUUUGAUAGUUUGUAAGAUAACGCCAAGAACUUUCUCUGACAAACUAACUGCAGUAACAGAAACCUUUCUUUUCAGUUACUCUUUUUCAAGAAUGAAAGCUUAUUAUACAAAAAAAAAAAAUUGUAUACUACUUGAUGGAAACAACUUUGUACAUCUUGGCCAUGUCACUGGUCAUUGCGUGAAAUAAAGAUAAUCUGGAUAAUGACUAUUAGUCCAAUGCUAAGAGACAUGAUCUUUGCUCAUUAAAGAGCUA